AAUAGUAUUAAGUAGCCCAUCCAAGCUUUGCGCUCGUUUUCUUGUUUCCUUGGACUUCCUUUCCUUUCUCUGCCAACAAGUCCAUAUUAUUACUCGUCCUGUCUGAUUGAUCACCUUACGUAACGACCAACCACGAGAGCUUCGAGAGACCACAAUAGCGACACCGAACUUCUGAAGCGAUACUACUUUUCGGCAUGGAUCCAGCGACAGACCGAGUCAGUAAAGCGUACGAACGGCACGAACUGUUCUACAUUGAUACUGUGGUAUUCCAGGUUAAUGACACACUCUUCAAGGUUCCCUCUCGUUAUUUACACGAGCAAUCAGAGGUGUUUGCUUGUGCUUCGCGCCUGUCGGAUCCUAACGGCGAAGGAUUAUCGGAUGACCAUCCCGUAGUCUUACCCUUACCGGAUGAUGCGACUACGGAGGAUUUCGUUCAGUUGAUUAAAGUGCUUUAUCCCUUGACGGUUAAACUUCCUCCUCCCACCGGCCUGAUGCGUGAUCAAUGGAUUUCGGUCCUGAAGCUAUCUACAUUUUGGGAGCUUUCCGAGAUCAGGACACUUGCCGUUUCAGAAAUAUCCAAGACAAGCCUCUCGUACAUGGAUAAAAUCGCAUUGGGCAGGAAAUAUCGUGUCAAGCCAUGGCUUUCGGGUGGCUUAAAGGACUUGGUGGACCCCGUCUGUUCCCUGCCCGCUCUGGACGAUAUGAAGGAAAAACUAGGGACCGAAACUGCGAUGCAGCUGUUGUACGUCCGGAACUUCCAAAUGCUACAGCUUUUUAGCUGCGGCAGCUUACAAGAGGAUAUCAUCGCUCAAACUCAACAUCACGGGCGUAUUGGUGGUAAUUGUUGGCGAUGUGGAAAGUCUCCCCUUCUGCACCCUAGCAAGAGCAUGCCCACAGUCGAAAGUCUCUUUGCUGAUGAACUUAAUGAAAUUGAGUAGAUGCAACCGCAGAAACAUCUACCAUAACGACAUGCUAUUUAUUCUCCUGCAGGUGUAACAUCUGGCCCAUUAUAUGUACUUCCUUCUACUGGUUCUUUCUUGGUACAGCAGUGUACUUAUAUCUAAACACGAUCGGACUGUCCUGAUCCUAUGUUGUAAAGCAUCAUAAUCAGAACGAUAUUCUAC